GCUAAGAGGAAUUCUGAACUGUAAAGCAGAUGCUAGUAUGUCGGAAAAGCAAGAAACUAGCUAUUCAAAAGAGAAGAGUAAGCGUGAAAGUUCACCGUCAAUAGAACCAUCGAAGCCAGCGGAUAACAAAAAUCUACUCAGUCCGAGUGAGCUCGUGAGUUUGGUAUCGAAAUUAACAAAAUUGACGACAAAGGAAACGAAAAAAGAUACGAGGCAAAAGUUAUCGUCGUUGACAAUUGAGGGUAUUACUGAAUAUAUUCUUAAAUAUGAAGUCAAAAAUAUAAUUGUUCUGACAGGAGCGGGUAUAUCCACAUCCGCUGGUGUUCCAGAUUUUCGAAGUCCAGGUACUGGGUUAUAUGAUAAUGUAUCACAGUACAAUUUACCGGAUCCAAUGGCUGUUUUUGAUAUUUCUUAUUUCAAGAAAAACCCUGAACCAUUCUACAAAUUAGCAAAAGAUUUGUUCCCGUCACAUUUGAAGCCUACUCCUUGUCAUUAUCUAAUUCGUUUGAUGGCUGAAAAAGGUUUGCUGCUGAGGUGGUAUACACAGAAUAUUGAUUCCUUGGAAUUUGUGACUGGUAUCAGUGAAGAUAAGCUGGUGACAGCUCAUGGAUGCCAUCACACAAGCACUUGUUUAUCGUGUCACGCAAAAUUUGACCUGGAUUGGAUAAUGAAUAAAGUAUUCGCGGAACAUGUCAAAGUAGCACAUUGUGAUAAGUGUGAUGGAGUCGUUAAACCAGAUAUCGUAUUUUUUGGCGAAAAUCUUCCUGAACGAUUUUUCAAUUGCUCAAUCAGAGAUUUUCCCAAAUGUGAUCUUCUGAUCAUUAUGGGAACAUCUCUCGUCGUACAUCCUUUCGCGGGAUUAGUUGAUGAAGUUAACGAUGAUGUGCCACGAUUAUUGAUCAAUUUAACAGAAGCUGGACGCAACAUGAGCUCACUGUUCUCUUAUGGCGGAAGUUCUGGCUUAUGCUACCGCGAUAAGAAUAACUAUAGAGAUGUAUUUUGGCAAGGUACAACGGAUGAUGGGGCUUGGAAACUAGCGGAAUUAUUGGGAUGGAAGACAGAGCUUGAGAAAUUGAUCGAAGCAGAAUUGAAGAAAAUCGAUGAAAAGGAAGGAAAGGAUGAGAAAAAUGCCAAGCCUACUGUCGCAACAACCGAUAGCAUCAGGGGUGAUGAAAGAACGAAUGGGAAAUCAUUUGAACGAGACAAAUCAGUCGAUGAAGAACCAGACAAAUCAUAAAAUGUAUAUUUGAUUUAAUCUUGUUUUUGAUCUUCAUUUCCGGUAAUUAAUCAGUGAUUGUUUUUUCCAGUUUCAUAUUCGUUCUGUCAAUGAUUCAUCUAAUGAUGUUAAUUUCAAGUCAUUAUACUGUUGUAUUUAUACUUACUGUUUUCAAGAGAUUGGUAGCAAUUAACCAUUGGAGGUUUCAAUAGUUAAUGGUUUUUCCAAGAUAUGUUUUUAUACCUUUUCUUUGGGAUUUGUAAUGAAUUCAAUUGUAUGACAUCAUAACGAUUUCAGCAUAUGAAUGAAAGUGCUGUACAGUAAUUCCGGUAAUAAAAUUAUGGUAUUGUGA